AUGGCCCCCCAAGUUACCGCAGUGACAGAGCCCGUGUGGCUCGGGGAAGGCCCGCACUGGUCGCACGACCACCAGGCCCUCUUCUUCGUCAGCAUCUUCGACAAGACCAUACAUAAGUAUGACCCAGCCACCAACAAACAUACUAGAGCUAAGUUAGAUGAUAUGCCCGGCUUCAUUAUCCCAGUAGAAGGUAAGACGGAUAAAUUCGUCGUGGGUGUGAAGCGCAAUGUGGUGGUGGUCCAGUGGGAUGGCGAGGGAGAGGCCAAAGUCAUCCGCAAAGUGGCGGAACUGGACCAGGAAAACCCUGAUAACAGGAUAAACGAUGCGAAGGCUGAUCCUAGGGGCAGACUGUUUGUUGGUACAAUGGGCUAUGAAUACGAGCCGGGGAAGUUCCACUUGAAAAAGGGAGCUCUCUAUCGCAUUGACGCGGACGGCUCCGUGCGGAAAGUAGAAAAGGAUGUCGACAUCUCCAACGGUCUCUGCUGGGAUCUGAAGGAGAAGGCCUUCUAUUACGCGGACUCCUUCGAGUAUGCCAUCAGAAGAUACGAUUAUGAUGUUGCAACAGGCGAUAUUUCAAAUCCGCGAUUUGUAUUCAAGUACAAGGAUCACGGGCUCGAGGGCAUCGUGGACGGCAUGACCAUCGACACCGACGGCAACCUCUGGGUCGCAAACUUCGACGGAUUUCAGAUGCUUAAAAUAGACCCGCACAAAGGCGUGAUCCUCCAAAAAGUGCCCAUCCCCGCCCUGCAGACCACGUCGGCGACGUUCGGGGGCGCCGCUCUCGACCAGCUCUACGUCACCUCGGCCUCCAUGAACAGGGGGGAGGAGCAGAAACCACCCUGCGGAUCUACCUUCAGGGUGACGGGGCUCGGGGUGAAAGGACACCCCAAUGCUUCUGUUAGAUUGGAA